CAAACGCAUCCCUUACCUCGGGAACUGUUUUUUCUCUCUUUUAACUUUACUCUCUCCACAACAAAAUUUCCCAGAUCUUCAAUUAAAACCCUAGAAUUGGUUUCCAAACUCUCUUCAAAUUAGUGUCUGCUUUAAUGGGGAAUUUGAAGAAUCUCCCAACAGACAAUUUACUCGACAUUACAGCCCGUUUAAUCGAUUCUAAACUACAAAUUGGUUUGCAAACUUGGGAGAUAUCUUGUUUCUCAUCAUCCAUCAUUCUCUCAUUGCAUUUAUCUCAUCUUAAUCAAUCAUCUGAUUCUUGUAAGUUGAGUUUUCUGGUACUAGAAGGUAUGAGUAAACAACUUCACUAUUUUGAGUAUGAUGAGAAACUUGAUAAGACACUUAUUAGAAGGAUCAAUUUCACCCCUCCAUUUCCAUUUUCUUGUGAAGUUCUUGGUUCGAUUAAUGGUUUAAUCUGUCUGUAUGGAUAUAAUGGUCUAACUGCUUGUAUUUGUAACCCUGUGACCAGAGAAUAUGUCAUGCUUCCCAGUAUUAAGAGAGAUUGUGAUGAUCGUCAGUAUAAUUUUUGUUCCAACGGGUUUGGUUAUCUUCCAUUAACUAAUGAGUAUAAAGUUGUUGUAUUGUAUAAGAGAGAAGUCGAUUUUGCAGAUGUUGCAGUAUACAUUCUUGGCAGUAGGAAUGGGUGGAAAAAUGUUGGGAGGUUGGAAUCUGAAUUUUACAAUUUAUUUUUUCAUGAUGGUGUAUUUGUGAAUGCAGCACUGCAUUGGAUGGAUAAAAGAGGAGGAAUGGUUUAUGUUUUUGAUUUUGCUGAGGAGAAGUUCUGCGAACCUAUUUCACCACCUCCUUUCCCACCAGGUGGGAAAUGAGUCAUUGGGUUGGAGUAAAAAGUUUCUUAAUCUCAGAAGAGAACCAUUAGCCUUUACCAAGAGAGGUGGUGUUUUAUGUUUCGAUGAUAGCUCUCGAUAUUUAUGACCCAAUACCUUCAGGCUCGAGAAAACUUUUGGAUUUUAGUACAUAUACACAAAUAAUCCCUCACAGAAACACCUUAGUUUCGUUGAAAGAAUUAGGAGAUGAAGAUAUAAAUCCAAUGGAGUCAGCUCGCUAAAUCGAGGAGACAGAAUCCCGUGAUUUGUUGUGACAAAGCAGCUGGCAAGAUGAGAUCCCUGGAUAUGCUUAUUAACUGGUAAACUUCCCUGAGCUUCUGAAAUACUAAUGUACUACUUGAGAUAUUUAUAUGGGUUUCUACUUGAGAUUUUAUAAACGUGUUUAUAUUAUCUGAAUGAGUAUUUUGUAAUGCUACUGUUAAAUUGUCUUUA